CGGUGUGCAGCAACGGGGAAAAGGUACAGUGAGUCUUUCAGCAUUGAGCGUGGGAGAACGGCCAGUGCAAGGACUCUUGCACCACUAACACGUUUCACAGAUAUAACGCCGACUUCAGGAUGACCUUACAGUGCAGAUCUUAGUCACAUUUAUUGGCGGACGCGUUUCUUUUUCGCAAAGAGACCAACCGACACAAAGUGUGGAAUUGAAUUUAAAGAGUCCACUGGUACACCCGUAUACUACUGUAUUAUACUAUUACCAUGGCCUUGGAUAAGGAAAUAAACAAGCGGGCUUUGCAAGAUCUGCUACGUAAACCUGGCAACAGUAAUUGUGUGGACUGCGGAGCUUCAGAUCCAGACUGGGCCUCCUUCACGCUGGGAGUUUUCAUCUGUUUAAACUGCUCUGCGAUUCACAGAAACAUCCCCCAGAUUAGCAAGGUCAAGUCUGUCUCUGUCGAUGCCUGGGAAACUGCUGAAGUGGAGUUUAUGGACUCUACAGGAAACAAUGCUGCUAAAGCUGAAUACGAACAGAAGGUGCCACCAUUUUACUACACACCAACAUUUGCUGACUGCCAACUACUGCGAGAACAAUGGAUCCGUGCCAGAUAUGAGAGAAAGGAAUUUGUUUACAUUGAUAAACAAGAGCCCUAUUCUGCAGGCUACAGAGAAGGGUUUCUAUGGAAACGAGGCCGGGACAAUGGGCAGUUUUUAAGCAGGAAGUUCAUUCUAUCCGAACGAGAGGGGGCCCUGAAGUACUUUAACAAGCAUGAUGCGAGAGAACCCAAAGCCAUCAUGAAGGUAGAAAGUCUGAACGCCACGUUCCAGCCGUCAAAAAUAGGGAAUCCCAAUGGACUGCAGAUCACUUACCUGAAGGAUAAUAGCACAAGGAAUAUAUUUGUGCAUCAUGAAGAUGGGAAGGAAAUAGUUGACUGGUUCAACGCUAUCAGAGCAGCAAGGUUUCACUACCUACAAGUAGCAUUCCCAGGGGCCAGCGAUGCUGAUCUGGUUCCAAAACUUACCAGGAAUUACCUUAAAGAAGGUUACAUGGAGAAGACGGGUCCAAAGCAUACAGAAGGUUUUAAGAAGAGGUGGUUCACCAUGGAUGACAGGAGACUGAUGUAUUUUAAAGAUCCUCUGGAUGCCUAUGCCCGUGGCGAAGUGUUUAUUGGAAGUAAAGAAAACAGUUAUGUUGUAAAGCCAGGCCUUCCACCAAGUACCCAGGGCUACCACUGGCAGCAUGGAAUCACCAUCAUCACCCCAGACAGGAAGUUCCUGUUUGCCUGCGAGACUGAGCAGGAUCAAGUUGCCUGGAUCGCUGCGUUUCAGAAGGUUAUAAACAGGCCAAUGCUGCCACAGGAGUAUGCAGUGGAGGCUCGCUUUAAGCACAAGCCAUGAUGUCAAACUUCAAGGAAACAGCUGGUGUGGAACACUGGUACUAUGAUUCAAAAGAAGAGGUCAGUCCAGCACUGCUAGAAUGACUCCAAAUCCAUUUGAACCUGGUGCAGUUGAAUACAUCUGUGGAGAGCUACUUUCAUUCAGAUAUUAAGAGACAAUACAUGAGCUGCAAGCAGUCAGUCAGACG